AUGACAUCGUUCCUGAUCAAGCAAUUAUUACUGCUUAAUAUUUUAUCAGUCGCUAAAGUACUUGGCAAUGCAGUUACGGAAUAUCCGUUUAAUUAUCGUACCGGUAAGUUAAAUCAGUUCGUCGGAUUCGCUACACCACGUUUACCACCAUCAACUAAUGGUCCAUUUAUAUAUGGUUCCAUAUGGGCAUCAUGGUCAGCAUGGUCAUUUUGCGUGAACAAAGUACGUGUACGUGUACGAGCAUGCAAUACAGUUCGAGGAUUCUCCUGUCUUGGUAAAAAACAGGAAUUCAUGGAAUGUGAUAUGGAUUACAUGCAACCGGCAGUGCAUGAAUCUGAUUAUGCAGCUGUAGACCCGUGGGAAGAAGAUCGAAGAGAAGCUAUGAAGCAACUUUAUUCUCAGAAAUAUUUACCAGAUGAAUUAGAAAAGGAGAAUUCAGGAAAAAGCAAAAUAAAAUUUAUGCCGCAUGAAUCGGGGAUUCGUCGGCAUGAACGAAUGCGUGCAACGACAAAAGGAGUUGAUGGCGAUCAUACAGGGCCACAUAAACAGAUAGGAAUACAAAAUGACGAACAAACAACCUCAGCAUUGGAUGCUCGAAAUUCCAACGCUACGGCAGGAAAAUCAUUACCAUUAUCACCUUUUGAAACUACCACAGGUACACCGUUAUUAACCGAUACUAAAUUAGAAUCAAAUCAUAAACUACAACAAGUUUCUCCAUCUAUUGACCAAUUACCGAUACAAUCGAUGAAACAGUCUUCUAUGGCAUCAAAAUCAUCACCUUUGCAAUCAGUUCAUAAGGCACCUCCGAUCUCUCUUUUACCUCAAUCGAGUCUACCACAAUCACCAGAUAAACCUGAACAAAUCGAACAAUCUGUGCUUUCUACAGCAACAGAAAAAAUUUUAGUCGAUCAAAUAAAUCAGAUAGUUCCUUCGAAAGAACAAGAAGUGAUUGCAGCUACGCCUACAAAAGUUUUGGUAUGGAUGCCACCUGGCAUCACUACUUGGGUUUUACAAGAACCCUUAAACAAUAAUAUCAAUCAUUUUGAUAUCAGCGCAACAACUCCCGUUAUUGAUUUGUUGAAUCCUAUUGCACCUGAAUCCUCUAUAUCACAGAUCAAUAAAUUACCAACAACAUCAUCAUUAAGCUCACUGUCACCGUUAUCACCUACAGAGCUAAUAACGACAAAAAUGCCAAAAAUAAUGGAAGUUCCAUCAGACCAUCAGUCUUCCAUACCAGUACCAGUAGCUAAAGCACUAAUGCCGAUAAGCACUGCCGAGAUAACAAGAAAUAACGAGUUUCUCACUGACAAUUCACAAUUUAUGCUUCCGGGAUCGAAUAUAAUGCAGAAAGAAUUUAAAACCUUAACAACCAAUUCAAGUCUCUUGAAUCGCAAUCAUGGAAUAUCAUUAAAGAAAUCUGAUCAAAUUUUAGGAGAAGAUCGACAUGGAAUAUCGUCGUUCGGUAUAUUACCAGAACAUAACGUUCAUUCGAGAUAUGUUCCACGACUAGAAUCACAAGUAUCACCUUUUACACCAAAGACGUACGUCGUCGAUCAAUCACGCAGGACAUUGGAAGAUGGCAAAGCUGAUUUUGAUAAGGCAAAAGAUAAUGAUAGAGCUGCUGAUGAUAAUGAUAAAAUAUUGGAUUUAUUAUUGGAAGUAAUGUCCUCUGAUGAUAAUAUCGAUCAAUCCAAGAAAAAAUUAUUGUCUAAUAAGAAUUCAUAUUUUGAUCAGCCAAGCAGUAAGGAAAUAAAAUUGGAUAAAAUGAAGAAAAAAGUGAAAAGCCUACAAAAAGCUGUGAAAGCUAUGGAGGAAGCAUUGAACGGAAGUAAUGAAGUUGAAGCAUAUCGAAAUGCGAUGGAUCUAAAUUUAGUACUCAGAGGACCACCAACAUCAACUUCAUUUUCAACAACAUCAACAACACCAAUAGUUAUCGAUCAAUCGAGGAUGUUUUUAGUUACAAUGAAUGAAAAUGCUACAUCAAAUUGGUCAGAAUGGACCAACUGGCAACAAUGCUUCUGUGGAAAGCAAAUUCGAACGCGAAUAUGUCAUUAUGAAACGCCAUUUCUUGUAAGAGGAUGCAUGGGUAAAAGUUACGAAUCACGUCCGUGCGAUGGACGUGAUCAUUGCCCGUCAAUAUCAACGCCAUUACCAGUUACAAUAUCGCCCAUUUCAACAAUCAUUGAAUCAAAAUUUAGGCGAUCACCAUUAUAUCAACCACUUUCUAUUGCUACUAUGCAAAAAUCAGAUGAUAUAAGAUGA